CCUGCAGUCCUCUCUCAUACUACAAAAAGCCACCACACCACCCACCACUCUCCUCACUGUUCUGUUCUUCAAAACUACUCUUUUUUGGCUUAUAAGAGCAGAUUUUUAUUUUGAGCAAAUCAAAAAGGAAAUGGCGAAUAUAGACAUUGAUGGGAUCUUGAAGGAGCUGCCAAAUGAUGGCCGUAUCGCCAAAACCAAAAUCGUUUGCACUCUGGGUCCGGCAUCGCGAUCGGUACCCAUGAUCGAGAAGCUGCUGAGGGCCGGCAUGAACGUUGCUCGCUUCAAUUUCUCCCAUGGCAGCCAUGAAUAUCACCAGGAGACCUUGAACAAUCUCAGGGCUGCCAUGCAAAGUACCGGCAUCCUCUGCGCCGUCAUGCUUGACACCAAGGGUCCCGAAAUUCGAACCGGAUUCUUAAAGGAUGGGAAACCUGUUCACCUUAAGGAGGGCCAAGAAAUUACAAUCACAACUGAUUAUGUUAUCAAGGGGGAUGGGAAUAUGAUCUCAAUGAGCUACAAAAAGUUGGCUGUUGAUCUCAAACCCGGGAACACCAUUUUGUGUGCAGACGGUACAAUCACUCUAACGGUUUUAGAAUGUGAUCCUUCUGCUGGAACUGUGAGAUGUCGCUGUGAGAAUACUGCUAUGAUUGGUGAACGGAAAAAUGUCAACCUUCCUGGUGUUGUGGUGGAUCUUCCCACGCUCACAGAGAAGGAUAAGGAAGAUAUCUUAGGAUGGGGAGUUCCCAACAAUAUCGAUAUGAUUGCUCUUUCAUUUGUACGCAAAGGGUCCGAUCUUGUUAAUGUCCGUAAGGUUCUUGGUCCCAAUGCAAAGCAGAUUCAAUUGAUGUCAAAGGUUGAGAACCAGGAGGGUGUCAUUAACUUCGACGAGAUCUUGCGUGAGACUGAUGCAUUUAUGGUUGCACGUGGUGAUCUUGGAAUGGAGAUUCCAGUGGAGAAGAUCUUCCUAGCACAAAAGAUGAUGAUAUACAAGUGUAACCUAGCAGGCAAGCCAGUUGUUACUGCCACUCAAAUGCUCGAGUCUAUGAUCAAGUCUCCAAGGCCAACCCGUGCUGAAGCAACUGAUGUUGCCAACGCUGUCCUCGAUGGUACUGAUUGUGUCAUGCUCAGCGGCGAGAGUGCUGCGGGAGCAUACCCGGAGCUUGCCGUGAAAAUCAUGUCUCGAAUUUGUAUAGAGGCAGAAUCCUCCCUUGACUAUGGUGCGAUCUUCAAAGAAAUGAUCCGAUCAACCCCGCUUCCAAUGAGCCCAUUGGAAAGUCUCGCAUCCUCAGCCGUACGAACAGCUAACAAAGCUAAAGCUACACUCAUCGUUGUUCUAACACGCGGUGGAACAACUGCCAAGCUGGUUGCUAAGUACAGACCAGCCGUUCCCAUCCUAUCAGUGGUUGUCCCGGUAUUGACAACGGAUUCAUUCGAUUGGUCCUGCAGCGAUGAACGGCCGGCAAGGCAUAGUCUGAUAUACAGGGGCUUGAUUCCGAUACUGGCAGAAGGGUCAGCCAAGGCAACUGAUGCUGAAUCCACUGAGGUUAUAUUAGAAGCUGCAAUGAAAUCAGCUACAAAGAAGGGGCUAUGCAAGCCUGGUGAUGCCAUUGUUGCACUUCACCGGAUUGGUGCUGCCUCUGUUAUUAAGAUCUGCGUAGUGAAGUGAUGAUAUUGCUGGGUUGUGCAGCGUCCAUUGAUGAACUUUCAAAAUGGGGUUUUUAUUUUUAUUUUUAGUCCUUUUAUGUUGAUUUCAUGAUCUUUUAUUGUGGUUAAACUUUGUUAAAGGAAAAACUUCGCUUGGAUGACCGGGAAAUUUUUGGUGGAUGUUUAUCGUUGUGUUUUGAGAUUACAGAUAAAUUCAUAUAAUUUGAAUUGAAAA